AUGGCAGAAUAUCAAAUGUAUAUUUUCGCACAAUCGUCAACAGACGAGGUGAAUCACACUACAACGACAUAUGAAUCACCUGUCGACUUAGAACUAGUCGAGGUUGAUGUUCAGACAGAUGGGCCAAAAGAAGACGCAGAGGCAGACGAAAAUGAUGAGUUUGACUUCCCACUCUUUUCCUUUGGCGUGGCUGGGAACAACACUGAACAAGGUGAAGAAAAGAGUACAGGCACAGGCAGACUCAUGAAAGUUUCGCUACGUGAACCUGAAUAUACCAUUGCAACACAAGAACGUCCCAAAGAGUAUUAUUUCGCUACUUAUACAGAAGAUGAUCAUCAAAAGUUCUCCAGAUCUGCGAUAGAUUACGAGACCGCCAUGAAAGAUGCUUCCUUAGGGCCUUACCAGGGCUGGUCAAGAUGGCGAGGGACAAUGGUUGAUUUGAACGAAUACAGCACUAAGAUUGAAUCAUCGCUGAGGCGACAAAAGAAGCUGCAAACCCGGAGACCUGGUCAAAAACAGAGGUUGGCGAAGAAAAUGGGAAUGCAACGUGAAAAGGAGCGCCAAGAGAAGGCUCAAGAGAUCAAAAAGAUGAUGAAGAAAAGAUUUCAUAAACGUGGAGGGAAGAAGAAUAAAAAAAAGGCAGAGCCAGUCACCCCCAGAUUUAGGACAGAAUAG